CGCCGCGGUUGGAGGCAGAUCGGAGAUAUAAAAGACCUGGCCGGGCGCCGGCGGUGGCUUCAGUGAGCGCGGACGCUCAGGCCGUGGGGAGGGGGCGCAGCGGGGCGCGCGGAGCGGCGGCGGGACGGGCGGAGGCAGCGCGGGGCUCGCCGUGGGCAACCCCAAUGCGUGGACUAUCGACUGCUGCAUUAUGCUGGAGCUACAGUUCCGCUGAAGGGAGUUUGCACACGGCCGGCUGGGCUGGACUGCAGCGCUGCCGUUCCUUAUGAAGAAGGCACAAACUUGGAUUAUCACUUGCUUUUGUCUUCAACUCCUCCUACUUAAUCCUCUUGUCAAAGCCCAGAGUUCCUGCGGGAAUCCAGUCACAGAUGAUGUGAAUGACAUUGCAAAAUUGGUUGGAAAUCUCCCAAAUGAUUAUAUGAUAACCCUUAAAUAUGUCCCGAAGAUGGAUAGUCUGCCUAGUCACUGUUGGUUACAUUUGAUGGUGCCUGAAUUUUCAAGGAGUCUACAUAAUCUUCUCCAGAAAUUUUCAGAUAUUCCAGAUAUGUCGGAUGUUUUAAGCAACUAUUCAAUCAUCAAUAAUCUCACAAGGAUAAUCAAUGAUCUUAUGGCAUGCCUUGCUUUUGAUAAAAACAAGGAUUUUGUAAAAGAAAAUGGUCACCUUUAUGAAGAAGGUCACUUCAUUCCUGAGGAUUUUUUUAGGCACUUUAAUAGUACCAUUGAGGUCUACAAAGAGUCUGCAGACAGAUUGGAUAAGAAUGACUGCAUUCUGCCUUCAACAGUAGGAACACCAGAGAAUGAUUCCAGAGUCGCUGUCACAAAAACAUUUUUGUUUCCUCCUGUUGCUGCCAGCUCUCUUAGGAAUGACAGCAUUGGCAGUAGCACUAGCAAUAACAAUGAAGCACUUGGCUUCAUUAGCAGCUCCAGCCUGCAAGGGAUCAGCAUAGCACUGACAUCAUUGCUGUCUCUCCUUAUUGGCUUUAUUUUGGGAGCCAUAUACUGGAAGUGUGUUGCAGCAAAAAGAAAAGGAACAUCUACAAGUGUAGCUGUUGCUUUUUCUCCCUCAACACUGUUACUGUUUCGUGUACUGGCAGGUAACAGUUCCGUGUUCGCUUCAUAAAUGAAGCAGCUUUAAGCACAUUCGUAUUCCUUCUGGAGUGACAGACUGAGUCUGCAUCUGUUGUUGCUGCCCAUGACUCCAUAGACAUGAUACAGAAAUGAGGACAAUUUGUGUUUGUUACUGUGAAACCAACACUGAAUUGAACAAUGACAAGAAGAGUGUGCACUUAGCAGGACUGUAUCUUAUGUGAAUAUCUACCUUGUGUGACAUUUGAGAUUUUUUAAUUGCAUUAAUACUUUCAGCUGACUCUGGCAAACAAAGUAUGUCCUGAACAAAAAAAGCAUCUUUCAAAUGCCUCCAACAGUGUGUAAUCAUUGCAAGUCAUAAAUACCUUUGCAUCCUGAAUUUAAAUUCUGUGUCCUCUACCUUAAAUUGAUGUCUUCAGAUGAAGGUCUCUGAACUGACAGAAAAUGCAGAAAUGGAUACAGAUAACAUACUCUUCAAUAUUGUAUAUAAAACUUGAAAGCAAAGUCAUGCCCUGAGCUCGUGUUCUAGACUUAGACUUAUAAGGAGCUGUGUUUAUGCCUGUCAAAGGCAGUGUGUACAGCAACACGUGGUCUCUAUCGGGUGCCAGGUGGCUGGUUGCCCACCCCAGAAAGCCUCAAGAAUUCAUCAGCAUUGGUGGUCUCUGUUCAGGAGAACCAAAUACUGGAUGAAGACAAAGUAAACAGGAGGUGAAUGUACCUCAUGGAGCUUCGAAGAAUUAAGUGUAACUGCUGGGUGUGUGAACACUGGUGAAAUUUCCAGUCGUGCUAAGGCAAAGUAAAGAGUCUGAAUUGCGUUCAAACAUCACAAUAAAGACAAACCCAUGAAAUGCAUUUUAAAUUCUGAAGAUGCAUGCCAUUUAUACCUUGUCUGUAAAUGUAUAGCAUAGAAAAUCUGAAAGAUCCUGAGAGUGUAUUUAGCUUUUACUUACAUCGGCUGUAAUUAAUGUUUGCAUUGUGUUUUAAGUGAUUAGUAAGCUUUAAUAUCCUGGCAUUCUCCACUCCUGAAAGUUAAUUCUUUUGAAACAAAAGAGAAACGCUUUGUUUCCCACCUGUCUUUUGCAUCUAUUACUGUUGCAGUAUCCAUGGAAUAUGAACAGGACUGAUGUACAGAUGUGCAUUUUCAAGUAAAUCCUAAAAAUACCAUGGUAAAAGUUGCAAGUGUAGUUGUGCAUCUUUUCAUCUUGUCUCUUCCCAGCUAAUGAGUAUGAAUUAUUUACCUGUAUUAGGGAUUGUAAUUCAGAAGGGUAAAUGGUAAAGACUCACAUAAGGUGACAAACUGUCAUCUAUCAUGAUAUUGACCAGGUCAGCAAGAGUUUUAGUUUAAAUAACUUGAAAACUUAAAAAAAAAAAAAACAAAAAAAAACCCAAAAAACCAAAAACCAACACCAACACUUUUAAAGUUUUGCAUAAAGUUGGAGUUCUCCUUAAAAUGUAUAGUUACUAAAUUUUUAAGCAUCCUUGUGGAAGAUUUAAUCUGCUCAAUUUUCUGAGAACCAUGCAUAAAAAGAAUAUUUCAUACAUAUAAUAUAUACAUGUGUAUGUGUGUGUGUGCGCGUGUGUGUGUGUGUCUGUGUGUAUUAUUGGUAAAACUGUCUUUCAGACUUGCAAAAAGAAAAAAAUCUCAGAACCUUACCAUACUUGAUGAUGUGGCAUGUAGUUACACUGUGUGGAAUUUUGACCCUACUGCAAUAAGGUUGAAAUUUUUCAUGAAUUCACUGAUGGAAGGAUUUGAUCAUGCGGAAUUUUUAUUUAUACUCAGGCCCGUUUUGCACUUUCUGUUUGUCAGAAAAGGGUCUUCAUGUCCUACUCAGCUGGUAUAAAUUAGCAUAGGUCUAUUAAGGAUAGCAGAACUUUGUGGUUUGCAUCACCUGAGGAACUUCUCUUACACUACGUCGAAAGAAGCUUAGUGUCAGAAUUAGGCCUUCACAUUUAUUCUGAAGAUGCUGGAGCGCUCACCAGUUAAUAACCAGGGAUGCUUAUCACUUCUAAAAAGCAAGUGCAUUCUUCAAACAAUGGAAUUCCCCAUAUAACGCUGAGUCCUUUGACUCUGUGUAGUUCUUUACUCACAAAGCCCUCAGACUUUGAGUUUCAAACUUUUUUAAGAGGUACCCGAAAAGAAAUGUCAGCAUGACCUAAUUGUUGAAAAUUUGCACCUUAUUGGUAAUGCAGAGAAUAACUAUGGUUUUGACUGAAUGGAAAAGUGUCCACAGUAAAUGGGAGCAAUUAUCCUUACAUAUUGUAUGAAAACCUUAAAUACUUCAUGCAAUGCGCUCUUGAGGCUAGCUUAUGCAUUUGAGGGUUUGGGUUUUUUCCUUAGCUUCAGUAAAACAAAAAUUUUGUAUUUUUUAAUGUUCUCUGUUGAUAAAAAAUGUUCUGUUUUCUAAAUGCAUUCUUUCCAGAAAAUUAAAUACUCAAUAACACUUUAUUUGGGUCAUAUUGGUGUGCCCCAAAUUAUACUUUGAUAUUCAAAAGCAUGAUAUUUUAGGCUUCUUAAUCUUCAAUACUAUAGAAAAUAUCAGUUAUGAAUUGAAACAUAAAAUAAAUAAAAAUUGACUAUGACAAAAUGUUCACUUUCCAGGAGCAACAUCUUAAAGUAAGUCACUUUCAAAUAAUGUCAGACACUUCAAUAUCUUCUGUGGAGCAAGGUAAAUUUUAAGUUAUAUGAGAUCAGAAAGAAAGCUCAUGUAUACUUUUGACCUUCACAUCACAAACAUUGUUCUUUGAAUGUGCACAAAAGUUGUGUGACACCUGGAGUAGCAGAACUGUUGUUGGACCACAUGGUUUUCCCAUUCUUUGCCCUCAUUUUGAGAGAUCUGAACACAAGAGAGAUCUCACUGGGUGUUCUCAAUCCUUUUGCAAUCCAGAAGGAGACUUCUGGACAUUUGGGAAUACACUAGGUGGCAUGGCACUUUGAAGUGGCAUCGUGAAUUUACUGGAAACUUUCUGUGCCCACUGAGGAGAUCUUUACUUUGGACAUAGUGAGAUUCUGAAAGACUACUGACUUGUGAGACAUCUUUGAAAUCAAAGGAAGUAGAGUCAUGUACUCUUCAGUUGGAGAUGGGGUGGCAGAAAUAGACCUUUAAUGCUUCUUAAUUUCUAAAGAGUUUAACUACUAAAGAGUGAUCAGUUUUUCAGUCUUCUUUUUGGGUAGACAGAGCCCAUGCAUUAACACAGCUGGAAAAUCAACACACUCCUUCUUAGAAUAAAACUGGGGAGAAAAGGGGUGUUUUAUUUUUUCUAUACAAAAGUCAACCAAAUUUGGCUUUUGGAUAUCUGUGGCUUGGUGAGAAAUGUAACAUUUUUAGGUUUCCUUUGAAAUAGUUGAACUUUGCAUGCAAUUACUAGUGGCCUUGUGAGAAUAAAAAAGCAGAUAGUCUUAUACUGGGUAACUGUUCUACUUUAGAUGUGUGUUUACUUGAAUGAAUUAAUGGUACUUAUUUCAUCACAAGGUCAUUUUAUAAGCAUAUAAAAUGUGCUUUACUAUGGAGUAUGUGUACAACCUGCACAUGUUUAGGAUUCUCAUCUGCAGCAGCUCUGUUUUCUCUGUUGCUCUACAUAAUAUGCUGAAACUGUUCAGUACACAAAACAGAGUUAUUAAUUUGAAAAUUUAACAGUACACAUAGAAUACUGAUAUUUUGAGUUUGAUUUAUGAUUAAGAAUUAUCCAACAUUUUUCAAUUCAUAAAUCUGAUUCAACUGUUUUAAAUGCAGAUUUACAGUAAUGGUUGCUAUUUUGUUAUCAAAUUAAUGGAACGUGGAAACUUCAGACUCUUUAGUGAUAGAGACACAGAUGUUUGCUGGUUGCAUUAUGGGCAAAUUCAUUUAUUUCAAUGUAAAUGUCAGCACAGUUUUGCAUAGUUACAUUCUGACUGAAGGUAAUCCACAAAGUUUAUAAAAUGUGAUGUGUAUGUACAUAUGUGUCCUCUUAAAAAUAGAUGUUUUCCCAGAUCCCUUUUUAUACCAGUUCAGAUUUGGAAUUUACAUUAUAUACAUAUGCUUUAUUGUUCUAAAUAAAGAUAUUAUGCACUGUCAAA